AUGAGGCAGAGAAGGUGGUUAAAGUUGAUCAGUGAUUAUCAGUGCGCGAUUAAGUAUCAUCCAGUGAAGGUGAAUCAAGUUGUAGAUGCGCUGAGUCAGAAGUCUCAUUUGGUGGAUGAGGCUGAGAUGUCAAGACUCUUUAGAGAAAAGUUGUUGGAUAUCCGAAAAAGAGUCAGAAAGGCAAGAGGACCCUUGCACUUCAGCUUGGACAAGGAUGGUAUUCUUCUGUUCCAAAAUCGUAGGGUGAUUCCUGCUUAUUUAGAGUUUAUGGAGUGGAUUAUGGUCGAGGCAGAUGCGACCCCUUAUUCAGUUCACCCCAGAAGCACGAAGAUGUAUCGAGACUUAAAGAGAAGCUUCUGGAGGGAAGGGAUGAGGAAGGACAUUGCUAUGUUUGUUGACAACAAGUCAAAGUUGAGCACUAGAGGCCUGCUGUAA